UCAAACCAAAACCAAAAAAAAUCAAACCACCAAGUUAAAAGUCAAAGUCCGCAAUUCAUAAUCCCAUCAAUUCCGUAGUCCAUAUAUACCUUCCUAUAGUUCAAUAAUGAUGAUAGGAGUAAGGUCGUUGCUGAGACCACUGAUGACAGUGUUGAGAAGUAAUAUCAUCCAUCCAUCUUCAUUGAGAUAUAUAUCGAUAUCUCGUCGAAUUUUUCAAAAUCAAAGUCCUAUUCAUGAAUCUUCAAUCAUACAACAAGAAAGAGAUGCUUUGGAUAAAUUAACCAAAGCAAGAGAAGAAAGACAAAGGUAUAGAAAUAGAACUGCUGGGUAUUAUUCAGCAUCACUUGGGAUUGUAUUUUUAGCAUUAGCCUUUUGUGCUGUUCCUAUUUAUAGAGCUAUUUGUCAAAGAACAGGGUGGGGUGGUAUUCCAAUAACAGAUUCAGCUAAAUUCACUCCUGAUAAAGUUAUACCUGUGGAAACCAAUAAAAGAAUCAGAAUCCAAUUUACAUGUCAAUCAUCAGGGGUUUUACCAUGGAAAUUCACUCCUUUACAAAGAGAAGUUUAUGUUGUUCCUGGUGAAACUGCAUUAGCAUUUUACAGAGCUAAGAAUAUGUCGAAGGAAGAUAUUAUUGGAAUGGCUACUUAUUCUGUUACACCUGAAAAUGUGGCCGCCUAUUUCAAUAAGAUUCAAUGUUUCUGUUUUGAAGAACAAAGAUUAAGUGCUGGAGAAGAAGUUGAUAUGCCUGUGUUUUUCUUUAUUGAUCCUGAUUUUGCUAAAGAUCCAUCCAUGAGAAAUAUUGAUGAUGUGGUGUUAAAUUAUUCAUUCUUUAAAGCUACUUAUUCUGAUGGAGAAUUAGCUGCUGUUCCAGUGGCCAAUAUUGAAUUUAAAGCAACUAUAGUUUGAUACGAUUAUUAUUUUUCUUGUAUAUAUUUAAAUAAUAUCAAAAAAUGUAAAUAGAAGACCCAUUUUAGUCAAGAAGUAUGUUAAUCUUAGAUGGAAGAUGGUAUAGCCAUUUAGCCCCUUCUACAAUUCCCGGUAGUAGUAACUGGAAUGUGUAAAUGGCGUAAAGAUAAUCAUUUUCUAAGUCAUUAUAACUUUUCCUGUGGAAUGCUUCCUCAUCCAUCAACCACCCCUCCUCUUUCUCUUCUGUUCCUGAGUUUAAAGCCAAGUUCAUGGAAAAGAGCAAUAUAGUAUUCUUGGCACAUAAGAGAAGCGGCUGGCAAGGAAGGAAGGAAUGAAAGAAAAGAAUGAAAGAAAUAAGAGUUUAAAGGAUUGACUGCAUUUUGGUUAGUAGCUAUAGAAGCAAUGCCAGUGGUUACAUGUUGUUAAGAAUCCAAAAUUAGAUAUUGUCUAUUUAUAACUGUCAUAAAAUAAAAUAUUA